CAGCGCAUGGCACGUUCGUUUACACUCUCGGAAACAUCGCGAUCGUACAGAGAGCUCCGCGAACGGGUUAUCGCUGUGAGGAACUAUGCUCACAAUCCCUUCUAAGCUCCUCACAGCGAUAACACCUUACCGAGAGGGUAACGAAGGUGUCACGCGCUGGGAAGGAGCUUGUCCCGUCAACUCAAGAGCAGAUAACUCUAUAUCAUUACACGUCUCCGUUUACAAACAAGUCCAGAACGCCGAGAGACGGUUGUCAGCUGAUUGCGUGUUACAUUCGACCCGUAUCGCCAUGGCAUAGACGUGAGCUGACUGCUGUGUGGUCGGUCGCCGAUGUGGUCUUUUGUCGAUGUGGUCACUUCCUGAUGUUCCACCAUGGACAGAUUCAAACUGCGAUGUCGUCGGUGUCGCUAUGUCCUCCUUGUCAGUGACAACAUCAUCAAUACCCACGGUCAACCGGUGAAAGAAUCAUCAUGUUCAAGUUCCUCCACCUUGUCAGUUUGGUACAUCUCUAUGGAGAAUGAAGAGUUGUCAUGGAUACGGGAAGCUAUCAAUCAGGCUCUGUGGAUCAAGGGGAAGCUAAACUGCCCAAAGUGUAAUGGCAGACUUGGGUCUUUUGAUUUUGUGAACACCACACACUGCCCUUGUGGUGAACAGACCCUGCCAGGAGUUCACAUACUUCGCGACCGAGUGGAUAAAAUGUUGCUGAAACAGGCAGCACAGCAGCAACAUUUCAGCAGCAGGAUGGCAAGAUCAAAUAGUCGUCUCAUCAAAGGAACUUCCAUUGAUCUAAAACUGACUUCUUGUCAGGAGAGUACUGAGGGCAGCAGAAGUGUGGUGGGGGCCUCACAAAACCAGGGGACACUACCCCGGGGCUGUGAUCCAGUGGGAUGGUUAGAUGAAUCAGGAGAUGACACCCAGGGACUGGUGUCCAGGACUGGGGGGCUCGUGUGUGGUGAGGAUGAAGCAGACCAGCCACCCAGGUGGGAUGUCAUUACUGCAAAUGCUGCUGACGAACAUCCCUCCUUCACUCCGAGUGCUGUUGAGAUAGAUCGUUUGUUCAGUCUUGAUGUUGGAGUGAACUCUGAUUGGAUGUGUGAGGGGUUUGGUGAUUCUCUGCAUAAACAGUCAGUAAUUAAUCCAGCUUGUGCUUCAUUGAAACAAAUCAAUGUCAGUCAGACAGUUGUCCGACAUGGGUGUGACCAUGUUCACAGAACCACAAAGCAAGGCAUUGGUGUUGGUGACAGAUCGUCCAGCGUCAGUCAGACGACCCUAUGCCAGGGUGGAAGUGAGAAUGGCUGUAGUGUGCAACCAUGCCAAACAAAGAAGAUGUUGCGGUCCAGGCGGAGGGGAGCACAGUUUGUUGACGACGACAAGAGGGAGAGUUUUGUCAUGGGGACUCUAAACCGGCUCCAGCAGCUGGAGGAGGAGCAGACUUCCUCUGAUGACAGCGUCCUUGGGGAGGACAUUCUGGAGGAACACACAUGUCCCGUGUGUCUGGACAUGUUUCUGCACCCCCACGCCUGCCUCCCAUGCCAUCAUGUGUUCUGUGAGACGUGUCUGCGACAGCUGGCACAGAAAUCCAACAACAGUACCACGUUCCCCUGUCCCAUGUGUCGCAUCCUCAUCAAGUCUUGCUGUCUGGACAUAGACUUGAAUGCCACAAUAAAGCUGAACUAUCCCGUCUCCUACAAGUACCGUCGUACGACAGAGAGCAAGUACCUGUCACACCGCUACCCGCUCCCCCGGUCUAUAGGGACUGCACACCCUCAUACCAUCAAUCAACGCAUUGCCUAUGCCUUCGGAGGCCAUGAGAACAUAUACGGCGUCAUGUCUCGACUAUGGCUAAAGUGUUUCACAUUCCUUGGAGCUGUCAUUCUAGUUUUGUUGGUGCUGUGUGUGUCUUUCGCUCUGUGAUAUUAAAGAGUCUUAUUAUCAUCUUGAAA